CAAACACAAUCAAAUUUAUAUCAAACAUUGAUUGAUCCAUUGAAAACAAUGAAGCCUACAUUCCUUACUCUUUCUUUGAUCCUCUUUGCAUUAACCAUCUGCUUUUCAUUAGCUUUUGCACAAGUUUCUGAACAAGUUUUUGACACAAAUGGAAACCCCAUUUUUCCUGGUGGCACAUUCUAUAUUAUGCCAUCAAUCUUUGGAGCAGCUGGUGGUGGAUUGAGGCUUGGUAAGACAAAAAACUCAAAAUGUCCACUUACUGUACUUCAAGAUUAUUCUGAGGUUGUCAAUGGUCUGCCUGUAAAGUUUACCAGGCUAGAAGCAGGCCAUGAUAUAAUCUCAACAAACACAGCACUUGAUAUCGCAUUUACAACAAAGCCCGACUGUGCUGAAUCCUCCAAGUGGGUGUUGGUUGAUGAUUUUAACAAAUUAACUGGACCAUGGGUUGGUAUUGGUGGUACUGAAGAUAAUGAAGGUAAGCAUAUCAUAAAUGGUUUCUUUAAAAUUCAGAAACAUGGUUUUGGAUACAAGCUUGUGUUCUGUCCAGAUAUCACUGCCCCACCUGGUGCUUGUUAUGAUAUUGGGAGGCAUGAUGACUUUACUGGAAGACUUCUGGUCCUGGCUAAUAAUGAUCCCUAUGAAGUUGUAUUUGUUGAUGCCAUGGGAAAUUGAAGAUCUUUAGUUUGAAAUAAAUCUCCAAUCUAGUAUCAAAUAAUGUAAUAGUUGCUCUAUAAAGGUUGUGCAUGUUAUUAGCUACCUAUAAAGAGUGUACUGGGAAUAAACAUGUCUUUUGCUUGCCCCUCUAAAAUAAAUAAAAUUUGCUUCUGUUUAUUAGAAAA